AUGGCAGCCUUCUCCAACGCCUCCGACGCAUUCUAUGAUGACGUCUCGAGCACAUCCCCAAGAGCAUAUCGAAGUGCACAGUUGAACCGCCAGGGCGGUAGGGCCGACCCCUAUGGAAGCAUGGGUGCUCCAAUGUUUGGGGCUGAGAGCGCAUUGCCUAACAUGCGUUUCGAUGGCAUGCGAGAUGGCUUUGGUGCACCCAUGCAGAACCAUGGGGUUGGGAACAUCAAUUUUCCCUAUGAUGCAAGCGCCGCCCAAACAUGGAGUUCUGGUGGUGCCUCUUUGCAAUCCUUUGGUAACGGCAUGGGCGGCAUUCCUCAAAAUGCCAACUAUGGACCGUCGCGAAGCGUCAAACCCAGCCGAGGCCGUGUGGGCAUCUCGAACAUUUGGUACGAUCAGCCAGGACAGUUACAGCAACAGCACCCUGCCAUCGUUGGCCAUCGACCGGGUCCUCAAGGCCGUAAUGACCAGCAGGAAGACGAUGACGAGCUGAUUCCUACUGCGAUUGUGAUCAAGAACAUCCCCUUCGCUGUCAAGAAGGAGCAACUCGUCCAGUUAAUGGUUGAUAUGAACCUGCCUUUGCCAUAUGCGUUUAACUAUCAUUUUGACAACGGUGUCUUCCGGGGUCUGGCCUUUGCCAACUUCACUUCUCCACAGGAGACGGAACAAGUCAUUCAAGCCCUCAACCAUAUGGACUUGAGCGGUCGCAAGUUGCGUGUGGAAUACAAGAAAAUGCUGCCUCUCGCUGAGCGAGAGCGUAUUGAAAGGGAGAAGCGUGAACGCCGCGGUCAGUUGGAGGAACAGCACCGUCCUAUGGCGCAAUCGCAACUUCAUAACCAGGUUUCAUUGUCGUCUAUUUCACGAACCACUCCAUCCCCCCUGUCACACCGCAGCACAAUGCCUGAUGUUGACAUGAAUGAUCCGAAGACUCUCGAGUUUUACACCGAGAUGACCCUGUUUAGACGAGAUCCUACUCGUGAAGUCCUCAUAUUCCCUCCAACACUAGAACCUCACCAUCGUCGGAUUGUCCAUACCUUGGCCCACCAUAUGGGUUUGAUGCACACAUCCCGCGGUACUGGAGAUCAGCGGCAGGUUCAUAUUCACCGACCAGCCCCUGGUACGAAUGUUAGCCCGCCGACUCUGCCAGGAGGAUUCGGGUCGAGUGACAGCAUGCGCCAGACUAUUGCCAGGUCUUCUACAGCGGAUUUCAAUGAUGGCAGACAAUAUGAAGGUCCUGCUUUCAACACUCUCCGCGGACAGUCUUCGGUUGGGCUGCUGGACGUCAUGGAUUCCAGCGCCUAUGGUAGAAAUGCCGAUAACAAUCUCCGCAACGCCAAGUCGUUUGCUGACCUACGAUCAUGGAGCCCGUCGCCCGUGCCUUCCUCUGCGAGCUUCCCUGCAGCCUUGCAAACUAACGGAGCACGUCUGCAAGCGUUGAACGACACAGCCGGCUCCAACACACCUACAUUGACUCCGACGGCUUCUAAUGCGGGUGCCAACCGAGAUGAACCAUUCCUCAUCUCUAGCUUCUCCAAUCUUUCCAUGACUAACAACAGCGGCAGCCAGACCAGCCCCCGCCGGCAACGCAGCUUCUUUGGGAACGGAUCCGACUGGACUGACGGUCAAAACUACCAGCCCACCGCUCCCAUUGGCAGCAAGCGAACUGUGAGCAUAGGACCAGAGAGCACCUCCCAGAAUACCAACCCACUGCGUCAGUCGCGAGGACCGAGUUCAACCAGCGCCAUCGGAUUCCGCCGACAAAACGGGCGUGGCAGCGACGAAUUGCGUACGGCCGCAUCAGCAAUUGCCGAAUGA